GGAUAAAGUGUUGAAGUGGUGAGUCCAGGGUGGAGGGAGGCUGGGGGGGGUGGGGUGAAUUCAAGUGGAGAGGAUCCGCCUGACGAUGGGUGACGACGGUGGAGUGUCCGUCAGCUGAGUGCGACUCAACAUUAAAAGAUUUCUCAAGCUUUCCAGGGGAGAAUGGUUGACAGCGAGAGGUGGAAAGUGUCGGGAACUAGUUGACCUGCAUGAUGAGAGGAUGGAGCAAGCCCUUGGAGGUCUUCAAUAGACGAGAGUCUCGAGUGGUGCGAGUCGUCGUUGCACCAGGAAAACCACAGACUCCCUUUACGAAUGCAUUAUAUAAUUGCAAUGACAGUGCAAUGAGCACUCAGAUUAAUCGACGAUUUGACCAACACUAGUGGAAUUAUCGUGAGGAAGUCGAAGAGGCGGGUGGAUCCAUUGAAAAUUUGGACAGAGCGAUGAGCGAUUUACAAGCUACUCUCGAGUUCUCUCUCGAGCUCUGCAAAUUCUACAAUGUCGAUCUAUUCCAGCGCGGGUAUUAUCAAAUUCGCACAGCGCUUCGGGUCUCUCCAAAACUGCCAAUCAAAGUGGAAGUCGAUCAAGUUCGCAAUCAAAAACGUUCAUUAGAGAGUAUGGAAAUGCCAGGUACCAGCAAGCGUUUCCAAAUACUGUACCGAAACGAGGAGAUCACACUGGGUACAUCGGUGCUGUUUCGAGCUCAUGUACUUGUUCAUAGUCAUAAAAUCGAGGAGACCCUGUCACGAACCCAUUUCCAUCUGGGCGUAGAGCUCUGGUUCAGCGAACCUACUCAACCAGGGAACAUGGCAUGUGUCUCAUCCAGAGCACUCCAGUUAAAUUUUACACCGACCAAAGGUCUCCACUAUCACCUGCCAGUGCUCUUCGAUUACUUCCACCUGGCUGCAGUCUCGAUGACGAUACACGUGUGUUUAGUAGCUCUCCAUCAGCCAUUCGUUAAGAAGAGUAUUCUUCACUACGUCCAGAGCUGUGCUCCACGAAGUGGUAAACAAUGGCUGCAGUCGAAACAGCCAGCGCCUGCCAAUGGGGAGAGCAGUACCUUUGCAAAUACAGAAAUAACAACAAAGUGCGUGGGAUCAGCAACGAGAAUCCAAAAUGCCAAGCUCAUGCAGCGCGAAGUAACGAGACUUUUACUCGCCGCUAGGGAGAAUCUUCUUAAUGACAUCGCGGAUCUUGCCAGACUCCUGCCAUCCUGGGAACAACGAGACCUCGAUACUUCGAUAGCUGAGAGAAAGCACAAGGAAAUUUCCAGGAUGAUCGACUCUGAUGAAGUGGAUAUAGCUCAGUUGUGUGCCCAGAAUAUCGUCCUCUGGCACAUUUUCCUCGAGGCCUUCACCAAGCAAGAGGCCAUUCAUCAGCAUCUCGCACGGAUCCAUCAUCAGCUCCGGGUGAAACGUUUUGCGGAAGGUUUCUUCGUUCUGGAGAAUCCACGAACAUCGGCAGCGGGUUGUUACGACGCGAAUUACCAAUCCUACCAAGCGGUGAGCGAAGCAGCAAGACGAUCAAGAUAUCUUGCAGCUCUUCCGCCACUUCCUGUGCACUGUCCCGAGCUCGAUGGAGACCUGCACUCGCUCCCCCUCAUCUUCGAGGACCAGUAUGCAGAUAUGACCCAGAGACAUCGUAACAGCGUGCCAAAUGCCGAGGACUGCAGCUGCGGGAUAUCCCAGAUUUUGGAAUCGAGAACAGCUAGUGUAUGGUCACCGCGGAGUGAGGGGGCAGCUCAGGACAUAGCUGCGAUCCAGGCGCGAUUCAGUUUGAUGCCGUCGACACUUCCUGCACGUCACAGCAAAUCCCUGGACCAGCUGGGACCGGAGAUACCACCGAUGCAACAGAGAACAUCUCCAAAGACACUACCACGAUCUGUAUCCACCCAAUUAUUUCCCAAACACGUGGGAAGAAAUUCAACGUUACCAGCUUCGGUACCCUCCAAGGGACGAUCACGAUCCCAGGCUCCACUUCACACUGCACAGAGUACAACCCUUUAUCCGACCUUUGGACAUCACCAGGCGUAUUCCGCACCGAAUCCCUCAUUGGGUUCCACUCCAAUAGCCACCCUUCCUCGGGCUAAAUCGAGUCAACUACUCGUUCCCAAUUGCCACGAGCAUCACAAUCACCACGAGCCAGACUCCGAUGCCGAUGCACCCUCCAAUUCAAUAACAUCCCUACUGGCGGCCAUGUUCCCGGAGAUUCCGACCAACAAUUACCUCCCGGGGUACAGACCGUCGAAAAAACUCGGGGUGACGUACGUCGGGCAAUUCGAUUUUAAUCAAUUGUCAGGAUGUUUGAGCGAGAAACAAGAGGGCAAUCGAAUUGACACAAGGAGUCAUCGUCUGUUGAAUGUACCACCGAAGAAGCUCUCCAACGGUACCCCGGAGGUGCAGUCCCUCAGGACAGCGACUCUGGACCGUGCGACCUAUCGAGGUAAUUUCCGGAAGCACCUGCAGUCCGUCUGUCCGACGUCCGCAGGCAAAUGUCAGGUGAACGAUAUCGAGGGGAGGCGAUUCCACACCCUGGGGAAAUCAUCGGGGGGCCACGUAGAGCGGGUACGAGCGAAGGCCCUCUUCGAGGUGACCAAUGGGAACACUGAGGACGUCACAACUCACUCCCUCGUCGUCGAUCCCCUUAACAAGCGCCUCAAGAAGGGCUCCGACUUGAUCGUCGACUCUUACUUCUAUCGGACCAACGGAACCAGUGGUAAUUCCCAGGAGAACCGACCGAAGCGCCCGAAGAGUACCGAGAGGCUCUUCGACGUCGACCAUGGGAUCGACUGCUGUCAAGACAACCGCGAGCUCUACGACAGAAAAGAUACGAGAUUGCGGAAUAGAACGGGGAAGAGAGGAAAUCCACCGAGGGAGUCCCUCUACGAGGUAAUUCCUCCGAAAAUCGAGAUAAAGCCCGAGGACGGGAGAAGAGGACGACGUCCGCAUUCCGCCCCCGCCAUUGACAGCGAAUUGUCGAAAAUCGAGGGUCAGGGCAAACGCUGCAAUCAUCGCUCCAAGAAACUUCCUCAGGAUAAUUCUACAGCACAAAAUCACAGGCUCCCGCAAAAUUCCCAGACUCCCAUGAGUGUUCUCGAAGUGGAGAACAAUAAUAAAAUUAUUCUGAAGAUCGAGUCCCCAGAGAAGAGUGAUAUUUGCCCGGGUCAGGGUCCCUCGGAUGAAUCCAGCUGUGUGCCACCGGGGAAUGGUAAGAGACUGAGAUGCGCUAGUGUGCCGGUUGCUCAAAAUAAAGUGGUGGUACCCAGGAGUGCGGUUUCAUUGCCCUGUAUGCCAAUCAGGGAUGGUAAGGACGGCCUCGGUGGUGAGCCAGUGACAAUCGCCGUAAGUCCGACAUCCUCGAGGCCGAGCAGUCCCGCAACCAGUACUGACUCCGGUAAUCUGACGUCCGAGUGUUCAGGAUGGGUAAGCAGUGGGGACACCUCGAGUUCAGAAAAACGUACAGCUGUUCCAGGAACGGAGCUGGCAAAACGACCGGGUAAAAUCACCACCCGGAAGGAGAGAAAAGGGAGAAAAGGAAAGGGGACAAGUGUGGAGAGCCACUGCUACGAGGAAGUGCGAUUACCGCCUCCCAAGAUGUUCCAGGAUGAACCACCACCUCCUGAGGCCUUCAGGGAUCCAGCGCCCAUACCAAUGAUUGAUAAUCCUUUGUAUCAUGUUUAUGAAACUGUAAAGAAGGCCAAGAGUCCGAAGCAGAACAAAACAGCCCCAUGCAGCCCUCAGAGAAAUCGGGAUCGCGGGGAGAGACUUGAGAGCAUCUACGGGACACGUGAUUUCUGUUUCGAUUGCUACCAAGAGGGUAAGGAAUUACUCCAGUCCACCCAGGACGAUGUCAUCAAUUUUAAAAAGUGCAAGGACGAGUUCAAGAGGCAGAUGAGCUUCUCGGGGAAAAUGUACAGUGACUACCCGGGUGUGGCAUCGAGUCUACCUUAUUUUUACAUCAGCGAUGAGUACAGACUGUUUUCACCUGAGGGCUCGCAUCUCAUCGUGUGCGUGCAUGGCCUCGACGGGAAUGCCGCUGAUCUCCGGCUCGUCAAGACGUACCUCGAACUUGGCCUCUCGGGUGCGCAUCUCGAUUUUCUCAUGUCAGAGAGAAAUCAGGGCGACACCUUCUCCGAUUUCGAUACUAUGACCGAUCGAUUAGUUGAGGAGAUUUUACAUCACAUAGAGACAUCAGGACUGAAUCCAACAAAAGUCAGCUUUAUUGGACAUUCCCUUGGGACCAUUAUUAUUCGUAGUGCUCUGACGAGGCCUCAGCUACGGCCACUUCUGCCAAGACUUCAUACCUUCCUAAGUCUCAGUGGACCACAUCUUGGCACUUUGUACAAUACCAGUGGACUUGUCAAUGCUGGUAUGUGGUUUAUGCAAAAAUGGAAGAAAUCAGGAUCGCUCCUGCAGCUUGCGAUGAAGGAUUCGUCGGACGUGCGACGAUCCUUCAUGUUCCGAUUGAGCCAGCGAAGUAAUCUCCAAAGAUUUAAACACGUACUGCUCUGUGGAAGUGCCCAAGAUCGUUACGUUCCCCUUCACUCGGCUCGUAUCGAACUCUGUAAAGCCGCAGUUCGCGAUCCAACGGAUCAAGGUGCAGCGUACAGAGAAAUGGUGCACAAUAUUCUGUACCCAGUGAUGUCGACACCAGGUGUGAGUUUAGUGCGGUAUGACGUUCACCAUGCAUUACCACCAACAGCAAAUGCUCUGAUCGGACGUGCUGCACACAUUGCUGUCUUAGAUUCCGAACUUUUCAUCGAGAAGUUCCUCCUCGUCGCGGGGCUCAAGUACUUCAGAUAAUUCACCUUCAAAAAAAUUAUUAACGACUGCCCCAUCAGUCUGAAUUACGUUCCCCAUUUUUCCAUUAAUCACUGAUUAUCGGUGGAUUUUUACUUAAUUUUUAUUCCAUUGAAGCUCAAUUUAACCAACUGAGAAAAAAGACUAUGAAGUCAAGAUUAGCUCGUAAAGAUAAGUUUUUUAUUCUGGGUUUGUCGUUUUAUUGUCAGACGUCGUUUUAGGGGUUGAGGGAGAAUAUCUGUUGGCCUAAUCGAAUGGUUUUCGCCAAUACCCAAGACCCACUCCGACGAUAGCUCCUUUAAAAAAAAAGUAUGGACGUUCUAUCGAUACAAUCGAUAUAGUUUUACCAAAUGAUAAACUACGAAACUUGAAUACUUGCAUUUAUUAUGAGUACCAAGUAUUUAUCUAACUGACUGAGUCAUUGAAACAAGAAUGAUCGAAUGGUUCCUUGUGUUUAGAAUUUUAGUAACGUUAUGACUUCCAAAGUGGAUAUGACGUCCAGUGCAUGCAGAUUAUGAACUGAAUUGCAAUAAGUCAAUUUUUCUACUAGGAAUGUCAUGGUAUUUUGAUAAUUUGAUCUCAUCCUCGAUUACUAUCAAUCAACAUCAAUUAAAUCAAAGUAAACACUCGUAUAGACGUUAACGACGAUUAAAUUUAAAGUUGAUGAAAAUUUACAAAUUAGAGUUUAAUUGUUUUGUAUUGAGACGAGGUGAUGUUAUUUAUUAAGAAAUUCAUUGGAUGAUUCAUUAGUGUCGAGCUAAUUCUUCUUAGACAUUCAAUCAAUGGACGAUAAUCACGAUGGAUGUCCGAGCGCCGUGUCAUAUAAUUAGGAAAGUCACGAAACAGAUGUCAAUUUUAUCCCUCAGAUAGUACGUGUCGGUGAUUGUAUUGAUCCGGAAAACAAAACCUUAAUAAAAUGGUGAAUUAUUGUCGAAUAUCGCCUCGUGGAGUCGGAUGUUGUGGUUCUCAAUUAUGUACUGCUAUCAAGAAUUUUACGGUGAGUCCCUCCAAAUAGAUCUCAAUUGCUCAGAACAAUCUAGUGUGUAUAAAUAGUGAUAUUAUUGAGGGAUAAAUAGAUUUAAUUAUAUGACUUGAUGUAUUAUCUGGAGGCUCAAAUGUUUCCAACUCAAUGGUCCCGAUUUAAUCAUCAACAUGUCUUUGUGGUUCUUUUUCUUUAAUAAAACGUCGAGUUUCCCAUAGAUUACAAAUUCGUAGGCGACCAUUUGUCGAGUGAUUUUGCUAAAAUCUCCCAAAUUCUCCAUUUUCGAAGCUCAAGGGGUCACCCAAUUAAUGGACCCAAUUAAUCACGCAUUAAUCCCACAAUUAUCGAGAGAAAUUUUCAUGAAAAUUCAUUAUUGAAUUCAACAACUUUCAUCAAAUAUUCUCCCGAUAAUGUUGUUCCAUGCAAAAAAAGAGCGAGAAAUUUCUUUAGACAAUUCAACGAAAAAGAUUAAUUUUUCAAAUUCUAUCGAAGCCAAGAGAACGGAAAACCCAAUCGGGACAUAAUUUCCUGGGAGAUAUCCGUGUGUGGUAUGUAUACUCUAGGUAAUUAAUUAUCAUUAAUAGGAGAAAAUUCUCAACGCGAUUGACUCUGUUUAACCGUCGAAGUAAUCACAGGAAACACCAAAAAAUCUAAACGGUCGAAAUAAAAAAACCAUGCGACCAAAAAAAAAAAAACCAAAAAUGAAGUAAAUAGUGUACACAGUAUACAUAAUAACAUAUUGGCGUGUAUAUGUAUAUAUGUAUAAA